UAAAACUUUGAAUGUUGUUUUGGUUAAUUGCGUUUUCUGCCUAAUCGAACUAAAAGUCUCUUUAAGGAUGGCAGGAUUGAGCUGGGGGAAGUAUUUGACCAGCUCACAUUUCUGGGGGCCAGUGGCCAAUUGGGGACUGCCCAUAGCUGCUAUAAUGGACUCCCAACUGACCCCUGAGAAGAUCAGUGGAAAGAUGACCCCAGCCCUUUGUGUCUAUUCAGUAUUGUUCAUGAGGUUUGCGUGGAAAGUUCAGCCUAGAAACAUGUUACUGUUUGCAUGUCAUUUCACUAACGAAGUAACACAACUUUUCCAGUUGGGGAGAUAUGCUGAUUUUUACUACCGACAAACGCCUGAACAGCAGGAGGAAACCCGAAAGUUCUACAAAGAAAAGGCUCUUGAAAAGCAAAGACAAUCAGAGGAGAAAGCCAAAAAAGCAAAAGAAGCCAAGGAAAAAAGUGCAUAGAUGGCGCUUUUUGACAAAUACACACACACCACACGCACACUCACACGCACACUCAUAUAUAUAUAUAUAUAUAUAUAUAUAUAUAUAGGUUUUGUUAAAGUUGUUAAUUUUAUUUAUUCGGUAUGUUAAUAUUUACCUAUGCUCAAUAUUUAUCUUUAUGAUUAUUACUUCUACUACUACUACUAUUAUUACUACUACUACUGCUGUUGCUGCUACUACUACCACUAUUACCCUUCUACUACUACCAUUCUACUACUACUACUACUACUACUACUACUACUACUACUACUACUACUACUGCUACUACUACUACUACUACCAC